AUGGCGUUAAGUUCGAUCUUAAAUUGGCAAGUUGAGCGUGAAGAGUUUUUUGGUCAUAAAUUCAAUAAAGAUGGGAAGUUACAGGACAGUCAAGGAAAACCUUAUUUAUAUAAUUAUUAUGACGACCCAAUUUUGAACCAGAAAAGAUAUGAAGAAAUUUCGAAGGAAGUUACUGAUUUCAUCUAUAAGUUGAUGGUAGAAGUGUACGGUUUAUCAAGAAUUUGUAUCCCGAAAAAUUCCAUCAGCAUGACCGCUGUCACAAAAGAGGCCAAGGUUUACCGGAAACCUACUAUUAUAAAAAUAGCCAGACCGCCACCUCGAGACACCAUCUAUUUGGCUGAUUUCAAGGUGAGUGCCAAGGACAGUGCCAAGUCAUCACCGGAUUGA